AUACACAAUUGUGCAUAUACACACACAUACACAGGUGUACAUAUACACACAGGUGUACAUAUACACACAUACACAGGUGUAUAUACACACAGGUACAUAUACACACAUACAGAGGUAUAUAUAGUACGUGCACUGCACGGAAACUAUAGGGGAGCAUACACAUAUACGCGCAGGCGCAUACGCAGGUUUCAUUACGCGCACAGGCCCGCCUUAACAAUUCAAACAAACAGCACUACACACACACACAUCUGUACUAUAUAUUGACACAGACACACACACACGCACACAUCUGUUCACAGGGCAAAUUCUUUUACCAAGAACCUAACACCUACACACACGCAACACCUGCACAUAUAUACAUACACACACACGCACAGGUACAUACAUACACACACAUACACACACGCACAGGUACAUACACACGCACACACGUACACAACCUGCACACACAGGUGAGCUCAUCUUGGAUCCAUGGAGCACACCUGGUUCGUGAUACCUUUGGUUUGGGCUACACUCGCAGGAGCCGUGGCAGGAGUUUUCGUCAUUCAGCCGACCUUGGAUGCGAUUCAAACAGUGAACAGGGACGUUCUCUUCAGCGUCAGUUACUCCGGGAAUGUGGCCGACACACAGAUCACGUGGACGUUCAAAAACAACAUCGCGCAAUGGAAAUCCGGCAACUUGAGCGAUAACGCCAUUCACGCCAGCUACCGAGGACGCGUCGCGCUGUACCCCAACGGCUCCCUGCUCCUCAGGGGCGUGUCGCUCUCCGACGCCGGCUCUUACACCGUCGGCAUCGUGGACUUCGCCACGGCGGACGGCGCGGCGGCCGUCAGGCUCCACGUUUACGAGUCCGUGGGAGCGAUCAACGUCAUUCCGCCGAUGUCGAACGUGACCGGGGUGGUUGGCAGUGACGUCCUCUUCAGCAUCAACUACGUGGAGAACGAUAACGACCCGCAAAUAACGUGGACAUUCACGUCUCGCAUAGCGCAAUGGAAAUCGAGCAACACGAGCGAUAACUCGAUUCACUUUGUCUACCGUAACCGUGUCGUACUGCACUCCAACGGCUCCCUGCUCCUCAAGAACGUCUCCUUGAGUGACAGCGGCUCUUAUGGGGUCGUCUUGGUGGACAACAAAAAGCCGGAUGGCAAAGCCAGCGUCAGGCUGAACGUGUACGAGACCAAUUCGCUGGCAUCCCACUGCUUGGUCAGCAAAAGUGAAGCGGCGACUGUGGCUAUGGGGCUGCUGGCGCUGCUGCUGUUCUCCUAACCAUCCUGAGGUCCGAGAGGCAAGUGGCAGGAGGAAGUCACCGCCCAAAGCUCCGCUGCAUCAUGCCCAGAAAAAUCCCAACGCAAAGCCACGGCGUGAUUACCACGCACCGCGAUACAUACCCACACAUGCCCCAAGAGCAAUGCCAUGCACCGCAAGAGUGUACCACCGCAUGGCACGAUUUACUACAAUAGAUCGCGGAGUGCCACUAUGCACCCACCCCACCACCACCACCACCACCACCUUCGCUGCCCAUGGAUUCCCUUUACCACCGACAAUGCGUAUGUUUGUAUGCAUGUCGAACUUUCUUUUGUCAAGUUGAAGGAGGCCUUCUAUCCGAGCCAUGCUCGGAUAGAAGGCCUCCGGGCUCGAUUGAGAGGUAUCGGCUUGCCAAGAGGGUGGCAGCAGCCGCUGAGGCGAGAGCCCCUUGGGCAUGGGGAGGAGUUUGGAGAGGCCGUGGAGUGGAGACCGCCGGGCAGCCUCAAACCAUUCGACGCCUUCGGAGGGGUCGACGGGACGUGGCCCCGGAUGUUCUCAGUCGGGGUGGGGGCGUAACGUUGACCUCAACCGAGGAGAUAGUCGAGAGGCGGAAGGGAACACUUUGAUGAGCCCCUCGACCCGGUGGACGUGCCCCUCCUAUCAGGAGGCAGCCCUGGAAGCAGCUGGUGGGGUCGCAUCCUCCAUCGCGGCUCCACUCCUGUUCGUGAUUUUCAUGGGCAGGGUAUCAAGGCACAGCCGAGGUAUGCAGA